UUUAUGUGGACUUUUUCUUCUCAAUUCUCAAUAAUAAUAAUUUUUAAUUGUUUAUUUGAAAAAACCCGGUCCACUAUGUAUGAAAUUUAAAAUAAGAUUGUCUAGAUGAUGGAAGGAGACCAUGAUAGGAACUCUUUCUGGAAGAAAAACAUUAAAAAUGUCCCUGGAAGACCUAGUCCCAAACGAGAAGCAAGAUCCAACAGUAGUAGUAGCAAAACUAAGCCUCAAGGAUCAACAUCAUUUCAAGAUUUCCAGGCGUCUGUGAGCGAUGCUUGGGAUUUAGAAGAUGAUGAGUUCUGUACCGGGCUGAAAAAUACAAAAAUAUCCAAAAAAGUCUCCCAAUCAGCCGCAUUAAACGUCCUCAAUACUCAUCGUAGUUCAACCGAAACAAGAAAAUCCUCAAACGAAAACCUCAGUGAUACGUCAACCACCCAAAUAAUAAUCCCUCAUGCAGAAUUAGUUAGAAUAAGUCGAAUUCCAGGCAGGCCUUUGCAAAUGCACUGCGCCAAUCCUCCCCAGGAAGAAGACAGCGAAUCGAAACUGGAAAGAUUCGAAGUCAUUUUAGCCAAUACGCUCACUUUACAGGAUUUGUGUAAGUUAAGUUGGUCAGGGAUUCCGGUUAAAGUACGCGGUAUAACUUGGAGGCUUUUGUCUGGAUAUUUGCCAACUAAUUUGGAGCGGAGGGAUGGGGUUUUGGAACGUAAAAGGCAGGACUAUUGGACUUUAGUUGAGAAAUAUUAUUAUGCUGAACAUGAUGAAAUUAAUCGCGAUAUUCAACAUCAAAUAAGUAUAGAUGUGCCAAGAAUGAAUCCUACGAUUGUGCUUUUUCAACAAAAAACUGUACAAAUAAUGUUUGAAAGGAUACUUUUUAUUUGGUCUAGUAGACGCCCUGCAUCAGGGUAUGUACAAGGUAUUAAUGAUUUAGUUACGCCAUUUUUUGUGGUGUUUCUACAGGAAUUUAUACCUGACAAUAAGCCAUUUGAAACAUUUACUAUAGAUAAAUUAUCAGAGGAGCAACGUAAAAUAAUUGAAGCAGAUUCUUUUUGGUGUUUAUCUAAGUUUGUGGAUGGUAUACAAGAUAAUUAUAUUUUUGCUCAGAUUGGUAUACAAAAAAAAGUUUUACAAUUAGAAGAAUUAAUUAGGAGGGUGGAUGAAACGCUGCAUAAACAUUUGAAACAACAUAAUGUGAGCUAUUUACAAUUCUCAUUUAGAUGGUUGAAUAAUUUGUUAACAAGAGAACUACCUUUGAGAUGCACAAUCCGCUUAUGGGACACAUAUUUAUCUGAAAAUGAUUGUUUUCCUACGUUUCAACUUUAUGUGUGUGCCGCAUUUUUACUAUAUUGGAAAGAUGAUUUGAUGAGGCAAAGAGACUUUCAAGGACUUUUAUUGCUACUACAAAAUCUACCAACACAGUCGUGGACUAGUUCUCAAAUCAGCCUACUAGUAGCUGAAGCGUAUAAAUUAAAAGUUAUGUUCGCGGACGCACCCAACCAUUUGGCCUGUAAUGAAAGUUGAGUGAGUAUUUUUGAAUAGGGUUAUUAUUUUGUUGUGUAUAUAUUAGGACUUCACAUAUUUUUAUAUAUUUUAUCUAUUUUAGGUGAUAUACAUUUUAGUUAGUGUACGAUUACGUAAUAAAUUUCUUGAUAAUUAUUUUU